UCGUCACCCCGUCAGAUGAUACCGAGUAGCAGGAGUCCACCAAAGACCCUUCCAACGCCUCCGAACAAAGCCUCCAGCUCAGAUUGGGCAGACUUGGCGAACACCAGAACAGGAACCGUAAAGCGACGGCCCUGUUCACAGGGGUCCAAAGAAGGGUCGCCACCAGACGAUAUUGAACGUGGAUUUGUGUUCCAGAAGCGGAACGGCGAUGACGGUUGUAAAAGCGAGCAGCCUAAUGCGAUCGGUGGAGGUGGAGACGACGAGCUGGGAGCGAGUCUUUCUAAUCGAGGAAACAUGAAGAGUGCGAAACAGUCCAAAAUUGCGGUGCUUCGACAGAAGGUUGAUGACAGUGCGGCGGGCAGUAAAAAAGUAAAGAGUCCCCCGGCAGGUUCUAAAAUAUCCGUCUUUCAGAAAACAUCCAAUCUACUGACGAAAACAACGAGCGACAAUAAAGCCACGUCUCAGCAGCAAAAACUUAAAAACAACAUAAUCCCUCCUAAAAAGCUAGUCAAACAAUCAACCGUCAGUGGGGAAGGCGUUGGCCGUAGCCUGAAAAAAGUUUCUUUCAUCCCUGGCCUCUCGGUGGUGGAAGGAGCCCCAAUCAAGUCGAGCACGGUAAAAGCGAUUGUACGCUCCAGACAGCAAUCCCUCAGUGACACGGGCGUACAGUUUAAAGAACUUUAUCGGGAUUUUCCGCUGGGGGGAAACAGUUCUGCCCUGUCAGACGCGGAUCAAGUAAAUCUACCUGCCCCACCACCGUUGCCACCCUACAGAGAGCCUCCUCCUCCACCUCCGUCCUCAACGACGACUGGCAAGGUGGUGUUGGAAGUCAUCCAACAGGAUCUAAUUUCAAUGGAACCUGUCAGCAGGAAUGAAGACGUCAUACCGGCGGCAAAGUCCAAACUCAAGGGAUUCGGCAGCCUCAGUAAGCUGAUAUCGUCUUCCACGGGGCUGGGGGAGAAGAAAAGCAAUAAUUAUGUGACACUGCCACCUUCGCCGAAAAUGAGUAAAAUGUCUUCCAAAGGAGCAGUUGAACUGCCUGCUCUACCGGCACCAACACCUCCUUCACCGCCACCAGCUCCGGAUGUUGUUGGCGUUGAAGGUAGACAGCAAUCACCAGACGAUAUCCUAACGAAGCCGGAGUUUUCGUCUUUGCUGUUGAAAAAUCUUCCCGUCCGGCAGAGGAAGGGUGCGGUUCCUCAUUUGGAGAACUAUUGCCUGUUUGACCCGUCGGUUGAUUUCUUCAACGAGAAAGAACACAAGAUGAGAACGAUUCCGGAAACGGUGGAACUGGCCGACCCAAUGCUGUAUCAAAACCCUUUGAUCUACGACGCGGUGGAUCGCGAUUCCGAUAACUACUUUACAAUUGAACCGGAAUCAUACGACGUGGAAGCCAGGAAUCGUCUGUCUUUGGAGAAAGUUGAAGAGAAAAUUGACGAAAUCUUCAACAAAACCAGAACGUCUUCGUCUUCCAGUGGAUCCAGUCCCGACUACCCGUCCAUGGUUAACUCAGUAAUCGAGACCCCUUCGUCCAAUCUGGAAUCCACGGACGAAAGUGAUUACGGUUUUAGGAAUCGAUUGAUAGACCAGCUUAAGGUGGUACCGAAAUCGAUUUCCGGUUCAAUCAACGGUGACCAGCAGGAGUCCUCGUACUACGGCGUGGUAACGAAGUCAGCUGUCACUCAGUUCGAACGACUCCACCGUCAACAGUCAGCCUCCCUUCCGAAUUCACCCCUGCUUCAGCAGCGAAAAAGUGAUGAAUCAUCGUCCUCAUCACCACCCUCCAGUUCUGCCAAGACAACCGAUUCAUCCUCCAACGAACCGUCCUCCUCAGCCCAUGGCACAAUUUGUUCGGAAGGACCAUCUUCCUGCAGUCCUCCACCUCCGGCGCCCGCAUCAUCGAACCGCCCGACAUCACACAGGGCGACGAAAAUUAAAUCAGACCCGCCCGCCAGCAAGGUUAAUUUUUUCCCCUUCCUCUCCUUCGAUCCCCUCAAAUCAAGUGUCUCACUGCCCCAUCUCCAGAAACCAUACACCGGAGCAAUCAGCAAGCACAGUGUCCCAUAUCGCAAUGCCUCCCUCGACUCGACGCCCCUCUUCAAUCGUCUACGGAAGCAGCGUCCACUGUCGAAUCACAGCGACGCCGAUAGUGGUUUCCUCAGCCCGGCUACACCGCCGGAUGCAACCGGACAAACCAUUCAGAAUCAAAUCCUCGCCGUUGAACAACAGCAAAGACAACAGCAGCAACAGCAGCAGCAGCAGGUUAACAAUAGUGAUACGGUGGUAGUGUUGGAUCAGUGCGAUAGCAUCCAGGAGUUGAUUCAGAUCUACACUGACUGGGCCAACUACUACCUGGAGCGGGCCAAAUCGAAGAAGAAGGUCUCGGAUCUGUCUGCGGACUGCCGUGAUGGACUGCUGCUGGCCGAGGUGAUCGAAGCGGUCACCACAUUCAAAGUACCUGAUUUGGUGAAGAAACCAAAAACACCCCAACAUAUGUACGACAACGUCAAUUCCUGUCUCACCGUACUGAGACAGCAUCAAGUUGGCGGUCUUGAAUCAGUCACCCCAAACGACAUCUGCAGCGGUCGGCUGAAAGCAGUGCUCUCCCUAUUCUUCGCUCUCAGUCGAUAUAAGCAGGCGACCAAGCAGAAGGCAGCAGCCGUCGCAGCAGCCGUCGCAGCAGCCGCAGCAGUGACAUCAACCGGCGGAUUCGUCACUCACCACCAACAGCAAACCAAAGUCGAAAUCCAUGCUCCGCCAGCCGACAUGACGAACCGACAACUGCCGGUGCCCUACACCAAACCGGGGGUCAAUGGAGGCACGGCCAUUCCGCUGCCGGCGACCGUUAUGGUCACCCGGCGAUGUCCACCGGAUAAAGUGAGGCCGUUGCCACCGACCCCGAACCAGCAGACGGGACUUCAUCCGGGCCUGCAGAAGCAUACCCUAGCCAGCAGUGGCGGCGGAGGAGGGCCAGGUGCCAGUGCCGGUAGCGGAAGUACCCCACUCGAUGGCAACAGCUGCCCGGGGAGUCCGCAGCAUAAUGGGACGGCGAUAAUAACGCAGAUCCCCAAAGGAGGCAGCAGUCUCCGUCAGCCACAGACGACAUGCAAGAUUCCGGCCAGUCCCUAUGCGGCCCAAACCACCAAUGCCAUCAACCACAACAAUAACAACAACAACAGCAACAGCGGCAGCAACCACAACAACAACGUCACCCUUAUCCCGAAUGGAAACGUUACCAAUAUCCCAAACCCAACGCAGAAGCAAUCGAUGCUGGAAAAGCUAAAACUGUUCAACAGCAAAGAGAAGCAGGACAAAACUUCCAAAUCGACCAUUUCCAAACGAACCAGCUCGAGCAGCGGAUUUUCCUCGGCUCGAAGCGAAAGGAGCGAUUCCAGUCUGAGUUUGAAUGAUGGACCCGUGGGGAAGAUUGGCAAGGAAGCUAGUUUGGGCAAAAAAUCCGACACUGCCAGUAGUGCCAAAGUCAAAUCAUCCAAACUCAUCUCAUCCAAGUCCAGUUCGAAGGAUGCCUCUGGAUUGAAGGUUUCAUCCACGGGGAAAUUGAGCGGGGACAAGGGAAAGGCGGGUAAGGAUCAACCCGAUACGCACAUUCCGAUCACGGCACCGAAGGCGCACAAAAUUCCGAUGGCAGCGGCCAUGACGACUGCGACCAACGUCAGCGGAGGCAAUCCGAAGACCGAAUCGAAACUGAAACCUGCCUCUGUGGGAGGUACGGGCAGCAGAAAACUUGAUGCAAAAUCCGAAAGUAAAACUAGUUUGCUGCUGCACCAGCAGCAAAUGCAGCAACAACAACAGUCACAGUUGCAACCUCCGAAAACGAUGGUGGCUCCACCGUCAGUCAAUACUGGGAUUCCGAAACCGAUGGCCGCUGUGAAGGGAACGAGCAAACCGUCACCGCAACUAGUUCUUCAGGAUCACAUACCAAAGGACGAACUUGCAAAGCUGGACCGAGCGCUGGCCGGAUUCGGAGGACACCAGAAUGGCCUGAUCUCACCGCAGCAUCUUCCAAACAACAUAUCAAACAACAACAGUGAUCGAAUGAAUGUGAUGAAUACAAUCAGUGUCAGUGGUAACAACAACGUCCUUGGAAGUCCUCUGAAGCUAUCGGCGCAGCAUCAGCAGCAGCAAAUGCCAAGCUGUAUGAGUGAUAGUAUGCACUCCAACUCGACCCAGGGCGCGUCCAUCGGUCAGCACUCCAACUCCAGCGAGUCCAGCAGUAUCGUCUAUCGCCCGAGUGGAUCGGAAAGUGGCUCCGAGCACAUCUCCAAUCUCAGCUCCCCGCACAAAUCAUCGUCCUCGUUCCUAUUCAACGAUGUCAAUUUGAACAACAACAACAACAAUAAAUUCAACACCGUCCCGUCGAAAAUACUGAACACUGCCCAACACCCGAAUGGGACCAUCUACGAGCAGGAGGAGAAGCAAAUUACCGUCGUUCCGAUGCGACCUCUGCUCCGUGGGUACAACAGUCACGUCACUCUGCCGACGCGAGGUGCCCGCGGACAUCACUACAUAUCGGAGUACUGCGAGGACCUGGGCGGGCAGGGCUAUUGCAGCGAUGGAGACGCACUGCGGAAAGUUCCCGCACGCUAUUCGGACUCGAUGGAGAACGGGUAUCUCUCGGAGGGAGGUGGCGGCGGCUGCAAUGGAAGCAGCAUGAUGACACGCCAGCAGUACAUCAGCUCCUUGAGGAAUCGAACGCCGCUGCCCACGACGAUCGAGGAAAGAUGCCGCAGCAGUCGAGGUGAUAAUCUGGAUAGUAUCGGAACGAGCCUGGCUGGACAGACGAUGGAUGCGGUAAAUGGAAAGGUUUCACGGCAGCAAAAUGGCUCUGCGUCUGGACCCGGUGGUCGUGAGUACUGGGGACGAAUGCCGGAACCUCCAUCGACACUGAAUGGUCACCCGCAGCAGCAACCGCCAUCCAGCAAUCACAGUCAACAGGGAUCUCAACCAACCAGUCCAACUUCGAGCCGCAAGGAUCGUAGUUCACCGGGCCAUUCGAGAAAGAGUAGUUCAUCAUCCAAAAUUGCCAGCAGCCGAACGAAGGGAGUUCCGCAGGGCUUCGGUUACGUAAAGAAGACCAACGGGAGUGUAGAACAGCAAGGGCAGUCGUUACUCACGGGAGGACGAACGGCACACGUUUCAGCAGUGCCCAGAUCUGGGAAACUGAAAGUUUCCGGCGGUACGCAGACCACUACGGCUGAUUUCCAAGCUAAAGCACAACAACACCCUCAGUAUCGUAGUUUUUCGUUGACCGGACCGGGAGCGGCACAGCUGAGCCAAUCGGUCAAAGAAAGGUUUGGAUCUGGAACGCAUAGUUUGCCAAAGCCCGGUUUAGAUAUGCAUGUCUUCCAACAUAGAAUAUCCACCCGUGGGUCCACUAAGCUAAACGACGGUAGCCUUAGCGAUACGCAAACCUACGCCGAAGUGAAGCACGACUACGGCAGCUACGCUAUGUGGCUCCGCCAUUCGAACACUGCCUCCAGUCGACUCUCAGAGGGCGAAUCCCUCGAGAGUUUCUCCAUCGGAUCCGGCGGGACUGGUGGCAGUGGUGGAGGUGGUGCUGGUGGCGGUGCUGCCGGAACCGGUAUGCCUGGUGCUACUCGACCAAGCAAGCUGUUGCACCAUGCUCGCGGCGAAACGCAGCCAGCCAUGCAUCACGCGGCCACCACACACAGUCCUCGGUUGAACAGAAGCAAUAGCAUAAGCUAUUUGAAAGAAAGGACCUACCCCAGAUCUACCAAGUCGGAAAAGAUGUACCCUUCGAUGCUGAGCCGAGGACCAGACGUGGACAUUGAGCCGUACUACUGCCUGCCAGUGGGCACUGUGCCCGGUGGAAAUGGAAUGGUCCCCUGGAGUCAACCGACCUCACCGACACCGCCGGCACGUGGCUUUGCUGGAUUGCUAUCGCCCACGCACACCAAUGCCUCCCACAGACUCACCUAUCCGAAGAAGAACGACGAAGUUCACGGAAGUCAAGCCUCGCUCCUGUCCGGAGGUUCAUCGCUGUACGGUUCGACGGAGGAACGGCAAGCCACGGAGGUGCGGCGUUUGAAGCGGGAGCUCAUCGACGCCCGGGAUCAGGUGAUGAGCCUCUCCAGCCAGCUGUCAACUAACGCACACGUCGUGGCGGCAUUCGAGCAAAGUUUGGCCAACAUGACCCACCGGCUACAAUCGUUGACGGCUACGACGGAAAAGAAGGAUAGCGAAAUUUUGGACAUGCGACAGACAAUUGAGCUGCUGCGGAAGCAAUCGAUCCAGGCUGGCCUAACUACCGCCCAUAUGCAGAGUAUGGGCGUACAAGUUAACGGACAGGUCAAUGGAAAUGGAAACACAGAUCAGAAGACAUCGCCACCACUGCCAACCGGUGCGGAAAUGCAAAGGCAUCAUAGUUCCGACUCUAUGUGCUCUUUGAAUUCGGUCAGCUCUGGCUGUUCGGCUCAGGAUAAGAAGAAGAAAAAGGGAUGGCUACGAAGUUCCUUCACCAAAGCAUUCUCCCGCAAUGCAAAAAUCUCCAAAACCAACCGCCACGUGAGUCAGUCGUCAAACCUAGACCAGGGUUCACCGGCGUCCGGAAACCAUCACCAUCACCAUCACCACCAUCAUCAUAGCAGUAGCAAUGGAAAUAAUAAUCACCAGCAGCCUUCGACGACGAUGGGUCCAAUCGGUGAGAAGCAAUCCGGAAUCGGACCGCCAAACGCACAACUGCCCCCGCCGUCGCCCACCAAAAACGGUAGUCCGCACAAAUCCCUUACUCUGGUUGAAAACGGUAAAGCUCCUCAACUGUCCAGCUCUCAUUGUCGUCAACAUAACGCGUCCCGUCUUUCUUUUGUAGCUAAACCAAUCGACGCCGUUGAGCAAAAUGGUAAUCCCAUGGUGGAAGACCUGAAGAAGCAACUUCGCGAGAAGGAUCUGGUCCUUACCGAUAUCCGAUUAGAAGCACUUAACUCCGCUUCCCAACUGGAAUGCCUCAAAGACACUGUGAUGAAGAUGCGCCACGAGAUGAUGAACCUUAAGCAUAACAAUGAGAGACUGCAACGGUUGGUUACCACAAGAUCCCUGGCCGGUAGCGAAGUCUCGCUUGGUCCCGUCAGCCCAAGCGGUUCGAUGGGUGAACCACGAAGGUAUAGCCUUGCUGCGGAUAAUGGAAUGGCUCGAGCACCGCUUGAACUGCCACAGAAUCUAGACGAAACAGAAGAGGACAAUAUUCCACCUGCUCCGGCGCCAGAACCUCCACCGGCUCCGCUAAGCCCGGCGAUAAUUGCUGAGCUUUCUCCAUCCAUCGAACGAGCAGCAAUGGUUACUGAAAUACUGACCACCCCUGCGGAAGAUGUAGCUGAUCCCGUGGACGGCAAGAAGAUUGCUAUUGCGGUCUAUCUUGGUCAGCCGGAAUCUUUCGCCAAAUAUGCGGAGGAAAUGAACGAAUGUGAUAACUAUUACCACUCGUCGCAGAAUGGAGACGACAUCGACGAGAAGUCAGUGUCUGAGAACGGUGAAAAAAGUCGGAAAUCGUUCUCAGGUCCACCAGAAAGCAACAAUCCUAGUCCCAAUGAGUAUAUCAUUGCCUAUACGUACAUCUCCGGGAAGACCACCUGGCAGAAUCUGGAUUACAUUGUAAGAAAAACGUUCAAAGACUAUCUGGGAAAGAUUGAUCCCGGAACCAAUCUGGGUCUCAAUACGGAUUCGAUCACGUCCUACCACCUGGGAGAAGCGAAACGUGGCCCAGAGAUGGGAUUCCCCGAGCUGCUGCCCUGUGGGUACAUUAUCGGGAACGUGAAGACGCUGUACAUUUGCCUUCAGGGUGUUGGAAGCCUAGCUUUCGAAAGUUUAAUUCUUCGCAACAUAGUGCAUAGGUACAUCUCACUGUUGACCGAGCACCGACGAUUGAUCCUGUGUGGUCCUAGUGGUACCGGAAAAUCUUAUCUGGCAAGGAAGCUGGCGGAAUUCCUGGUGGCACGAUCCGGUCGGGAUAAUCCCGCUGAAGCGAUUGCCACUUUCAACGUCGACCACAAGUCCUCCAAGGAGCUGCAACAGUACCUGGGUCACAUUGCCGAACAGGCAUCGAUGUCCGAGGGUGCCGUGGAGGAGCUUCCAGCUGUGAUAAUCCUCGACAACUUGCACCACGCCUCAGCGCUGGGCGAUGUGUUCUCCUGCUUACUAAGUGCCACCGCUGCCAAACUGCCUUGCAUCAUUGGGACGAUGUCGCAGGCGACCUGUAACACCACUAACCUACAGCUGCAUCAUAACUUCCGAUGGGUCCUGACGGCCAACCACAUGGAACCGGUGAAGGGUUUCCUCGGCCGGUACCUUCGCCGGAAGUUGUUCAACAUGGAGCUGCACUCCCAAACGCUCCAACCCCAGCUGGAGAAGGUCCUGAAGUGGCUGCCAUCCGUUUGGCAGCACAUCAACAGUUUCCUCGAAACGCACAAUAGCAGCGACGUCACCAUCGGACCCCGUCUGUUCCUGUCCUGUCCGAUGAACUUGCAGGAUUCGCAAAGUUGGUUCACCGACGUGUGGAACUACCAUCUGGCUCCAUAUCUAAUGGAAGCCGUUCGAGAAGGAGUGCAGCUAUACGGACGCCGUGGGGGAAGCUGGGUGGAUCCUUGCACCUUCGUCCGGGAAACGUACCCAUGGCCCAUUGGACCGACAACGGUGCCACAGCUAAGGCAAAUCACUGCCGACGAUGUGGGCUUGGAGGCGAGUGCUCCAGCCAAUUCCGAAAACCAGGAUCCUCUGCUGAACAUGCUUAUGCGGCUGCAGGAAGCGGCCAACUACAAUGGCAACCAGGAGCCGGACUCCGACUGUGCCAGCCUGGAUUCGAACAUGACCCACGACAGCUCGGCUGGCGCAGAUUAAAGGGAAUAAGUUUUUUCAGGAUCGAAAUUGCGAGAUAAUUUGGCACUCCAAUGGGAACAACGUACAGGUGAUGAUUAAAAACGGAGGAGGCGUGUGUGUUUUUAAUUAUAUACAAAAGCCUUCUCAUUUGUAUUGGUAAUUAAAAGGCAAAGCAAAAAUCAUUACGUUUCAAAUGAAGCGAGAGAAAAUUGAGCCAUUUUGAUCUUUUAUUUUAUUCGAAAUGAUUAAUUAGCCUGCAAUAGCAAGCAAUCAUAUAAAUUAUUAAAGUUUUACAAACUCAUCACCACUGUGUAAGUGUGCUCUCGAACAAUGGAUGAUGCAAAACUGGAACAAUGAAGCAGAAUGAACCGUGGAUGCGAAUAAUUAAUUAAAAUGUGAAGAAGUAGACAUCAAAAAUAAUAAUUAAAUUUAUCGGGAUUCAUCGGUUAUUGACAAGUGGUGUGAGGUUAAAAGUAAUUGAACAUAAAUAUGUUGUGAGUACUGCCUCCGGUAGAUGUAUUUGCAACAUGGGUUUAAAUUAAAAUGAAUGAGCUUGAGCUCAAUCGGAGUAAAUUUUGCAUUUGUAUUUCUUGAUUGGACUAAUUAAAAAAUGUAUCACCAAACUUGAUGAAUUUUUGAAACAAAUACACACGUCGACUCACCCAUUCGUUUCCUAUGAAUAAAGUUAUCAUUCAUGCUUAGAUGUUUUUUUUUUAUCGAUGAAAAAGCAGUAAAAAAAACAAGAAUGGAAACUGGAAACAAUAAUUAAUGUGUAGAACUGUGACGCACCCAAAAGUGUAACCCAACCCCUUCUGCAGCUGUUUUGUAGGAUGUCCGAAAUUGACUGACGAUGUAGAACAUGAAUGUAAAAUAAUGCUUAACACACUUGUUAGACUGUAAAUAUACACUCACAAGCGACGGGAUUCACGGCAGAAAUCUUUACACUAAGGGAACUGUUUAGCUAGAUAACGGAAUAAAUUAUAUUUAAGGAGUAAGACCAUACUCACCAAGUUAGGCAAUGUAACACUCUCUAACAUACACACACACAAAUACACCUAAGUACGCGUAUCUCAGUGUAGAUUUUUGUACCGCAUUGUAGAAUUGCUUCAAAAGCUUUAAUAUUCGACUUAUAUUUAACGCCAAUUCGGAUACUCUCACUCACAACCAUUCACUAAUACAAUAACUUAUUCUAUAUACAAGAAUAAAUUAAGUCAGAGUUGAAACAUUUCCAUUUAACUGCAAAAAUAAGCAUUAACCUCUAUGUGUUUAACAUACGUAUCAACCGACAGCUAAUCAGAGCAUGCAAUUCUGCCCCCCUUAUUCGAAAAAUUUCCAAAGAAACAUCAACCAACUUUUGUUCUACUUAGCAAGUUAAAAAAAAAGAAUCCAUUGUCUCAUUGACCAGCACUCCAAAAUCAAAACACAACCGACAUGCAUUCAUCAUCUAUCGCGCAUGACAACAAAUCUAAAAUUAUUGGCGCAAUUGCCUUGCCUGCUCGAGAAAUUGAAUUCGUCACGACCGGCGGCGGUGGAAAUUAAGGUCAACCGGUCAGCCGGGAAUGGUUUUGCGAAAUCUUAUGAAAUGGAAGCAAGCUUCGCUCAUGCGGCCGAUAGUAAAUUGUUUUAAUUGAGCUGCGUGCAAGUGCGGCACAACUUUAAACCAAACAAUUGAGGACAGCGCAGUAAAUCAAUAAACGAGAAUAAGAUUGAAGGGAAGCUGAUUGAAUCUAAUCUGUAAUAUGCCAAUUUAUUAUUACGAACUAACUAUUGAUAACUAUUGAACAUUAUUAUUAAUAUAUUGGAGAAAAGUAUUCGGAUGCGGACUACAAAAUUGGUAAAGAAGGCAAGAAGACAAAGUGCAUGCAAAGAGAAGAACAACAAUUAUUGAAGGGGAUAAACUUUAUUGCUAUAUUAUUAUACAACAAACCAGAACAUCAAUCUAUAUUAGGGGAAAAUGGACCCCAUCUUUAUUGAGUAUCGACUUCAAUAAAAAACCAACCAAUGGAACGUGAUUUAAAUUA